AGAGCCUAUGGCAACACGUCCUCUCGGGGGCUGGAGCGGGGCAGCGAGCGCCGGGACUCUGGGACGAGUGAAAACUCUUUUCCUUGGGACCUGCGGAGUUUCUUAAAUUUGUUUUGUUUGUUUGUUUGCUUGGUUCCGUGACGGGCGGCCGGCUGCGUGCGCGGAACGCCGGGGCCGCGGGAGCCGUUUCCAGCCGAGCCGGGCCGGGCACGGCAGCGGCCCCCCUGCGCGGCGGGGCACCAUGGCGAAAGUGCUGGCGGCCCUCAGGCACCACUGGAAGAAAUCCACGUUCGGAGCAUGCCUGCUGGGCUGGGGCGGACACUGGCUCUAUGGGAAGCACUGUGAUAACCUGCUACGAAGAGCUGCAUGCCAAGAAGCCCAGGCUUUUGGCAACCAGCUGAUGCCUGCCACUAUGCCGCUGAAGAAAGCAACAGUCUUCCUCAACCCAGCAGCUUGCAAAGGCAAAGCUGGGAACCUUUUUGAAAAGAAUGCUGCACCAAUCUUGCACUUAUCUGGCUUGGAUGUAACUGUGGUUAAGACUGAUUUCGAGGGACAAGCAAAGCAGCUUCUGGAAAUAAUGGAAAACACAGAUCUGAUCAUUGUUGCAGGAGGAGAUGGCACAGUCCAAGAGGUCAUAACUGGACUUCUCCGUAGAGCAGAUGAGGCUGCCUUCAGUAAGAUUCCUAUAGGAUUCAUACCCCUUGGGAAAACUUGCACUUUGAGCCACACACUGUACCCUGAGAGCACAAAUCAAGUCCAACAUAUUACUAAUGCUACAUUGGCCAUUUUGAAAGGAGAGACAGUUCCACUUGAUGUCUUGCAGAUCAAGGGAGAAAAGGAGCAGCCUGUAUUUGCCGUCUCUGGUUUAAGAUGGGGAUCUUACAGAGAUGCAGGAGUUAAAGCUAGCAAGUACUGGUACCUUGGGCCUCUGAAAACCAAAGCAGCUCAUUUGUUCAGUAUAUUUAAGGAGUGGCCUCAGAAACAUCAGGCUGCUCUCAUGUACGUGGGUCCAACUGAGAGACCACCAGAAGAGUCAGAGGAGAAAACAUCCAGACCUCCUUUGUAUGUGAGGCUUUACAGACGGCUUCGAUCGUACUGGUCAUCUCCAAAAGAGUUCCCCCAGGAGGUAGCCCCGGAGGACUGGGAAGAGCUGAAGCUGUCCACCAUUGAGCUUUCCAUUGCAACUCGGAACAGGCAGCUUGAUCUAGCACGCACUAAGGACUUCAUGGACAUUUGCAUCGAGGCAGAGAGUGUCAGCAAAGGGGAGUUUGUUCACAGAGGAAGUCAAAAGAUGCGUGACCCACACAUGUGCCCUGAAGGGAGUCAGUGCAUCCAAGCCAGCAGAUGCAUCUUGCAACUUCCAGAGGGCACUGAGGGAUCCUUUGGCAUUGAUAAUGAGGAGUAUGAAGCGAUGCCUGUGGAGGUGAAGCUCCUACCCCGCAAACUCCGCUUCUUCUGUGAUCCCAAAAUAAGAGAGCAGCUGCUGCAGGCAGUGGUACAGUGAAAGUUCAUGGCAGAGGGGCCAGUGUUCACCAGAGUCUGUCUCUUCAAGGCACAUGAGACCUAACCAACCUGAUUAACCCCACUAGACUAAUAAGCCUUUUGGCUAUUUUUAUGUGCAAGGUACUUCCAUUGGAAGUGUAUGAUUUGACUGGUCUCAAAGGGGUUAAAAAUGCAAAUGAAAAUUCUGAAAAAUGCAUGUUAACUUGAUGACAUCUUCUUUUCCCCCUCCCCUAAGAAGUCAUCAUUUACAGCACUACAGGCUGAGUGCUGUUUGCCAGAUGCUACUGCUGUAAUGUAAUUGUAUAUUAAAGUAAAAUUGAAGUAUA